CAUUGUGAGGUCCUUUCUGUCCUGAGAUCUGGUGGCAUUCCUUUUUAAAAUGUCUGGUUUUUCCGCAGGUACAACAUUUUCCCAAUUUAGGGUUUGACCCUUGGCUCCUUUUAGAUUUGUCAACUACUAAAUUAGCCAUGCUUCAGCUAUCAUUGAAGAGCAAUGAAGCUCAGUUCCUACAUCCUAACAAGCUCUGAGAAAAUUUCCCAAGUCUUUUGUACACCUUACAGGUGCCAGUGCACAUUUACAAUCCACGUUUGCUUUCUCUAAAGUUAAGGUUAGCAUUUCUGCGGCAGUGGCAUGAGGAAUCUGACGCUUCACUGCCUCUUGUAAUCUCGCAAGAAAUUGCGCAUAGGGCUCCUACAACCCUUGCAUGAUAUGCAAAAAGGAUUGUACUAGGACUCCCUCAUCUGGAAUUGUGGCCCAGGCGCAUUUAGCAGCCUGUGAACGCUGCUGAUAAGCAGCAGCUGGGGGUGCCAUUUGAUGUUCCAGGUCUGAAUAAGGGUCAUUACCCAAUAGCAUAUCCUCUGUAAUGUCUCCUUGACAAGCGGCACGAUUCUGUCUAGCCUGGUUUGCACACAGUUCUUGCCAAUUUAAAUUCCAUGUCAGAUACGCAGUAGCAGACAAGUUUGCGCCCAAAGUUUUACAUCAAAGAGUAGAAGGCGCGUAGCACCAAAUACAGAUUCUAGCAAUCCUAAAGUGAAUGGGCUCUGUACUCCAUUGUUAACUACACUCGUUUGUAAUUCCUUCAACAACUAAACUCUAGUGGGGUAUUUUCAUGAAUAAACUGGUGUAGAUUGUUUGGAUCAGGCCUUAUGGAAAUAGGGAAAGCACAAGGUCCUAAGGGCUCUCCAGCGAUGGCAGCAGAGUGUAACAUUCUUUGUACUGGGGUCUCUAUUUCCGCUACUGAAGGAGGUGGUACAGAUGUUGCUGCAACUGGAGGGGGUGGUAAAAACCAAUUUUUAUCCUCUCUCUCCUGUUUUUUGUUUUCAAUUGGAUCUGUGGGUGGGACAACAGAUUCUUUCAGAUUUUUAGACUCAGCCUGCUGCCCAGCAGAAUAAUGAGAUAAUGGCAGAACAGUACGAACUAGACUCCACGUGAAGACAGAAGAAUCAACUUUAAGACCUUUUUGAUGAGCCUUUUUUAAUCCUUUUCCUGCUGUGUCCCAAUUUUCCACAUCAAGAGUGCCUGCCUGUGGAAACCAUGGGCUAUGCAUAAUAAUCUCCUGCAGAAGCUUAAUGUCUGUGAGUUAACCUGAGUUCCAGACUGUCUCAAUAGAACUUUAAACAACUGCACAUAGUAUUUUUUUUUUCAACAGACAAAUUCUGCCUCAUGUUACCCUGAUUCAGAAAACUUCCCAUUCCCAGUACUUUAGAGCACUGACCUUAUAUCGCUCCCAGUACCUCUUUAGGGCACUGACCUUAUAUCUGCUGCCAGCCGACUCAUCCAGGGUUCCCCAUUCACCUUGUGAAUUUCAGUUCCUCUACUCCAGCAGAACCUUCUUUGUUCACAUCCUCAAAGUCCUAUGUUCGGAGGCCACUUGUCCGAUAUUCUUGGAGUCCCUGUUCUGGGUCACCAGUUGCCACCUGCACAGACCUUGGGGGCCUGAACAAAGGGGGCGAACAUUGGAGUAAAAGACAAAGGUGUAUAUUUGGAAGAAGGGGUCAGGGGGCUCCUUCUAGUGAACAAGGGCCCUGAGCUUUAGAGCCCUUUGUAUUUUAUUGGGUAAAGGAGAUGGUGGCAGGGGGAGGGGUGGUUACUGGUCAGCGGCUUGAUUUACAACAGGUUUGCAAGACUGCAUUCUUUGAACAAUAGACUGUAGAUGUCCCAGUAGAUAAUUUCAAUGAGCAUGGCACCAGGGAGUGAUUACCUUCAGCAAACCUUCUGGUGUCAGGCGCAGUCUUGAGUUUGCCCACAUCCUGCAUUCAUGAUAGUUUGUUGUUUGAUCAUAUAGCCUCCAGUGGAAUAUUGAGCUGGUCAUAUCUCUUGGGCCUUCAGCUUCCUACAUGUGGGAACACUCAGUCCUUUUCUGGGGAUGUGUUUCUUCUGGCUUGUGGAAGUACCAUUAUUAAUGUCUAUACAGCUCUUCUUGGAUUUCUGAUUUUCCCUAAGAGGCUCAUCCCUGCUUCUUCCCAGAAGUUUUCAGUCUCUGUUGUAUUUCUCUGCUCAUAAUCUGUUUCAGAUUUACCCAUAAUUCUCUCGACUCCUGCAGAUUCCCCACUGCUCCAAUGCAUCACCUCAGUUCCUUGUGUUUUCUGCACUACCAGCAUGAUAUACACAAUACCCUGAUACUCCUACCAAUGUCUGAGUCAGAGAGGAGCUCUAAAUUGGGAAGCAAUGCAGGAAACAAGCCUUGUAAAAAUCAACUUGGAUUCACUUUUCAGUUACAUCUGAGUGAUCUACAGCUAUUUCAAGCUGAAAGGAAAAUUUCUGGGUGUAAGCAUUUUGAAAAACCCAUCAGUGACAAUUCCUCAGUUUCACCGCUUGAAAAAAUUUCUUCCAGUGUCAAAUCCCACCUUUUAAAUAAAUAUAGAAAUAAUUUUGAUCAUGCUCCAUUACUUCCACAAGAACAGAAAGCACACAUUAGGGAAAAAGCUAAUAAAUGUAAUGAGCAUGGCCAAGUCUUUAGAGCAUCUGCAAGCCUUACUAACCAAGUAAUCCAUAACGCAGAUAAUCCUUACAAAUGCAAUGAAUGUGGCAAGGUCUUUAGUUGCAGUUCAAAGCUUGUGAUACAUCGAAGAAUGCAUACUGGAGAGAAGCCUUACAAAUGUCAUGAAUGUGGCAAGCUCUUUAGUAGCAAUUCAAACCUUUCACAACAUCAAAGAAUUCAUACUGGAGAGAAGCCUUACAAAUGUCAUGAAUGUGACAAGGUCUUUCGAAGCAGUUCAAAGCUUGCACAACAUCAAAGAAUUCAUACUGGAGAGAAGCCUUACAAAUGUCAUGAAUGUGACAAGGUCUUCAAUCAAAUUGCACACCUUGUACGACAUCAAAAAAUUCAUACUGGAGAGAAACCUUACAGUUGUAAUAAAUGUGGCAAGGUCUUUAGUCGCCAUUCAUAUCUAGCAGAACAUCAAACGGUUCAUACUGGUGAAAAACCUUACAAAUGUGAAGAAUGUGGCAAAGCAUUUUCAGUGCGUUCCAGCCUCAUAACCCAUCAGUUAAUUCACACUGGAAGAAAACCUUACAAAUGUAAAGAAUGUGACAAGGUCUUUGGGCGCAAGUGUUUCCUGACCUCUCAUCAGAGAAUUCAUACUAGAGAGAGACCUUAUGGAUGCAGUCAGUGUGGCAAGAUCUUUAGUCAGAAAUCAGACCUUAUACGACAUCGAAAAACUCAUACUGAUGAGAAGCCUUACAAAUGUAAUAAGUGUGGCACAGCGUUUAGAGAGUUUUCAGACCUUACUGCCCAUUUUCUAAUCCAUAGUGGAGAGAAACCUUACGAAUGUAAAGAAUGUGGCAAAGUCUUCAGGUACAAGUCUUCUCUAACCAGUCAUCAUAGAAUUCAUACUGGAGAGAAGCCUUACAAAUGUAACAGAUGUGGCAAGGUCUUCAGUCGCAGUUCAAACCUUGUAUGCCAUCAGAAAAUUCAUACAGGAGAAAAGCCUUACAAAUGUAAUGAAUGUGGCAAGGUCUUUAAUCAAGCGUCAUACCUUACAAGACAUCAAAUAAUUCAUACUGGAGAGAGGCCUUACAGAUGUAAUAAAUGUGGCAAAGCAUUUCGAGGGUGUUCAGGCCUUACUGCCCAUCUUGCAAUCCAUACUGAAAAGAAAUCUCAUGAGUGUAAAGAAUGUGGCAAGAUCUUCACUCACAAGUCUUCCCUCACCAAUCACCAUAGAAUUCACAUUGGAGAGAAACCUUACAAAUGCACCCUGUGCAGUAAGGUCUUCAGUCACAAUUCUGACCUUGCACAGCAUCAGAGAAUUCAUUCAUGAGAGUCCCUACAAACUGUGUAUGGCAAAACCAUCAUCAUGAGUUCUAGCAUUAAUCAACAUCAGUGAGUCCAUACUAAGUGCAAAUCAUAUAAAUGAAAUGUAUGUGACACAGGCUUUAUCAAGGCCUGCCAAAUCACUAGACAUCACCACAUCACUGUGGAGGAUGAAAGCACACAGAUGAAUUGUGUGUACUUGGGCUAUUAUUCAAGGACCAUUGCUAUAGAACACGAUAGGAUUUACACAAGAAGUAACUCUGUCUCUGGUUCUCUGAUACUAAUCUAUGAUAUUGCAUGAUGCAGAAUAAUGCUAAGUCAAAAUAUGUUGAAUCUCAUGACCUGAUGUAUAUCACAGGUGCAACAGCUUGUAAAUGACCAGUUUUAUUCAGGCUAUAAAGCAUUCAAUUAUUUGGGGCUUAUAGAAAAGGCUACUUUACUCUUUGUGACUUUGAAAUCUCUUCAUGUGCCUUCCAUGCAGGCCAUUCACUGUGGUCCCUGGGAAAGAAUCAGUAGGAUGACAGGGCUGACUUCAUUAGCUGAGGAUUAUUUCUAUCCAAUUUCCUGAUGAAGGACAUUGCCUUUUGAGAUUAAAUAUUGUCUGAUUUAGAGAGCAUGGAGGUGGGCAGAGUAACAUAAAACUGAUGACCGUCAUCAUACUGUUGCAGUCAGCACACUUUCUCCUGACAUAAGUGCACAGAGCUUCAGUGUCCACCAACUGACCAUGAAAUAGAGUAUGCUGUAAUCUUAAGGCAUAGGUUAUUAGUGGAAAGAGAGUAAUAGGUUGCUAGUGUCUGAUUAUAUGGUAGAAAUAAUGCAAGGAAAAAGGUAGCCACCUUCUCCAUUGAACAGCAGUACCUGCUGUUUAGCAAAGACUGAUGAGAAAUAGACUUUUUUUUUGGAGAUAGAGUCUCACUCUGUUGCCCAGGCUGGAGUGUAGUGGUGUGUUCUUGACUCACUGCACCCUCUGCCUUCUGGGUUCAAGCAGUCCUUCUGCCUUAGCCUCCUAAGUAGCUGAAACUACAGACGUGUGCCACCACACCCAGUUCAUUUUUGUAUUUUUAGUAGAGACAGUGUUUACCAUGUUGGCCAGGUAGGUCUCCAACUCCUGACCUCAAGUGAUAUGUUCACCUCAGCCUCCCAAAGUGCUGGGAUUACAGGCAUGAACCACGGUGUCCAGCCUCAUUUUUGAAAUGGAAUAGAGAACAGUUAUAUCACAGUUGAGAGUUUAAUCAAAAUGACCAGAUCAGCAUAUUCUUUUUUUAGGUGAGACAGAGUUUCGCCCUUGUCACCCAGGCUGUAGUGCGGUGGUGCGAUCUCGGCUCACUGCAACCUCCGCCUCCCGGCUUCAAGCAAUUCUCCUGCCUCAGCCUCCCAAGUAGCUGGGAUUACAGGCAUGUACCACCAUACCCAGGUAAUUUUUGCAUUUUUAGUAGAGAUGGGGUUUCACCACGUUGGCCGCACUGGUCUCAGGUGAUUCAUCUGCCUCAGCCUGAAAGUGCUAGGAUUACAGGUGUGAGCCACCGCGCCUGGCCAGAUCAGCAUAUUCUUAAGUAGGAUUCACAUUUAAUUCUUGGUAUUAUAAGUUGCAACCAUUUGAUUUAGAAUGUAUGCAGCUCUCAUGUUUGUACUAAUAAAGUUUCAUUUUUCCUAA